GGAGUGAAGAAAAUGCACAGGUCAGAAAAUGGACAAGGUGGAUAAAGGAGAAAUGAAGAGAAAAUGGCAAGAAAGAAUGAAGAAAGUGGAAGAACUAGCAUGUCACUAUGAAAAAAAUCCUCUUCCUCCAGUUUAUAGACCAAGACUGUCCAAACCCUCUAUGCCAUCCUCUGUUUGGAAAAUAUUUUCUCGACAGGCUGAAGCUUUUAAUUAUGUAAAAACCUGCCAAGAGGAUGUUCACGUGUUUGCUUUGGAAAAGAACACACAGAGUGGACGGAGGUUUUACCUUGUAACAACAUAUAAAGAGCUUUGGUUUUAUUACACCAAAGGUUACAAAACAAGUCUUAUGCAUUGCUAUGAAGUAAUUCCUGAAAAAGAUGCUUGCAAACUUUAUUUUGAUUUGGAAUUUUACAAACCAGCAAAUCCUGAUGCAGAUGGCAAGAGUAUGGUCGUGAAGUUAAUUGAGCUUGUCAGCCAAAAAUUAAAAGAACUUUAUGAUGUAAAUUGUUCAUCAAAAGAUGUCUUGAACUUGGAUUCUAGUACUGAUGAGAAAUUUAGUCGGCACUUAAUAUUUCUACCCCAAAAGACUGUAUUUAAGGAUAAUACUCAUAUUGGUAACUUUGUGAGAACCAUUUUGAAGCCUGCCAUAAGAUUAAUGGAGAGUAGGACUGCUGUGAUUCCAACAGAAGAAGCAGAGCAUGUUUUCCAGUGUUCUGCAGGAGCUGGAUUAGAUGGUUCUCUUACAAACCUCACAGCUGGUGGAGAUGGUUCCAAAGACUGGCCAGCCAUUGCUUAUGAAACAAAGGAUAUGGAAAUGCCACACCAAGGAGAAAAAUCGGAUUUUUCCUUCCUAAUAGUAAACAAUAAAGAAGGCAACAAGCAGCUUUUUGUAGAUCUAGGAGUUUAUACAAAGAAUAGAAAUUUCCGGAUGUAUAAGUCAUCAAAAGCAGGAAAAAAUGUGAUUCUGAAGAUAGCAGAGGAUAAUAAGUUUAUCCCCAACUGUGAAAAGGAUGUUUCCCUGGAAGAAGCAUAUUUUCUUUCCUCUUUAAUCUGCAACAUUCGAGUGAGUGAUGACAUAAAAGUUCUGUCAUCUGGCUGCUCAGAGGAGGAGAGAAAAAUGUCUGCUUUUUUAAACAGUAAAACUACCAGAAACAGCAGAGAUCCCAUGGAAGGUUACCAGGGCUCGCCGUAUCCAGAAAUCGAUAGUUUUGUUCGUUCUUUGGUUAAUAAAGAUGGGCUACAAGGAGGGAUACGACAAUGGAGUUACUUCUCUCUCAAAGAAUUACUUAUUUAUGAUAUUUCCGGUUACCGUUGGUGUGAAAAUAUUGGAAGAGCUCACAAAAGUAACAAUAUAAUGAUUCUGGUAGAUCUAAAGAAUGAAGUCUGGUAUCAAAAGUGUCACGAUCCUGUCUGCAGAGAACAAAACUUCAAAUCACAAAGUUUUCCACUACCGCCUGGGAUCUGCCUCCCAUCCCUUUUCAAAGAGGAAGAAGAGUCUACCCUAACGGAUGACAGGGGGCACACAGAAGAAAAAGUAAAUCCACGUUCUAAUGUGUCAGGCUUGUCAAAAAGCUCAGUAUCUCCAGAGAACAGCUGGUCUCAAGACCUCCUGUUGUCAGACAGCGAGUGGGAAAACACAAGUGAUGACGCCUGUUUCCUAGAAGCAGCUGAAGAUGUGGAACUAGCUGAAGCUGCAGAUGACAGUCUGAAUUAUGCCAUGGAUGAAAUCCCAGAUGAAGUUCUUUUGGCAGCUUUAAGGAAAGAAGACCUCUACACUAAAGAAGGUAGCUAA